GAACUUGACAUGAAGUAGCCAUGAAUUGCCUAAGCCUCUGUGUCUUCUUCCAUCUUGUUGAUUGUUGAACUGAAGCGAAUGAUGACCACUAUAGCUGCUGCUAGAACACGCUUAAAGCACAGGUAUUUAUCAUGGUAUUUAUCGGUGUUUAUCAUGUUAUCGCCUUGCGAAGACUGAUAUAAAUAAAUCAAGCAGAAGGAAGUAAAUAACAUCAAGAUAAAGAAUUUCGACCAUCAUAUGUAUUUUAAAUACUCAGUAGACACUAGACAGUAGCUCCGGCAUUCAUUCGACAUUGGUCCGCUUCAAAAAGAAGUCGACCAGAUAAUUGCAUGCGCCAGGGACGAUCAAAAUAUGGCGUGAUACCGAUCGCCUGAUGUGACGUAAUCACUAAUGAAUAUUUAAUCUACCAUCAUACGAUAUCAUCUGACUCAAUUUUUACAAUGAGUGAAAUAUUUGCAAGGUCCUAUGGCAAGUAAUGGUGUGUAAAGAGACAAAAAUAGACUGCGUAUCGCUGAACUGAGCAAAAAUUCUAGUUAUCAAUGUAGCAAUUGUCAAAAUUUUGCUCGAAUGGAAAAUUUUCACCUCAGCAAUUUGACAUUAAUGAUUAGAAAUUAAAUAAUUCAUAUUGCAUUAGACUUUACAUUAAUAUAAUGGAUUAAGAGGUUUCGCGAAUGCAUGAAGUAGCUGCAUUGGUAAUCCCAUGAAUGCAAACAAUUAUAAUGUAAAAGCGUGUUUUAGUAAAAUUACAAAGAGUGCUUGCGACCUCAUGUAGAGCAAAUACGACCAUACCGUGUCAAACAGACUGUAACGGACGUUUGGGUGAAGAUUAUAAGUGAAGACUUAAUUAUAGCGUGGAAUUUAUUAAUUAUAGAGUUUACAAACCACAAAUUGUAACAAUAAGCUUGAAUCGGGCGUCAUUGUGCAGCCCUAUACAGUAUACACUUACUACACAUAGAACUUCUUUUAAUCUUCACGGUAACAGCUAGUGGUAGACGACAUCUGUGAUGGAACUUAAGGACAAAACAUCAGUUCGUUUUAGUCAGAAAUUGAUAGCGAAAUAGUGAGAAUCACAAUAGUCGAAAUUUGUGAAAAAUAAACUCCUGCAAAAAUGAUGCAAAAAUCAAUCCUAUUGAUAACGAUGUAUGAUUCAUAUCAUGUUAAGACAUGAUGCUCUAAAUCCGUCAUUUUGUGCUUGUUCAAAAAAAAUGACUUCUUUAUUCAAAAAAUACAACAUAACGGACACAUAAGCUCAGUCUUGUAUCGACAGAAAAGAUCGCGUGAUGCAUGCACAAAUGAGUGUAGGAAUCAGAGAAGAAGUCGCGACCAUAUAUCCGCUUAUUUGGUUGACCACUGGUUUCUAUAUGAUAGCUUUAUGCGAUUUAUACGUUUUAAAAGAAUGAUACCAGUGUAACUCCUUAAUUAUUUUUCAAAGUUUGCAUCAUACCAAUAAAGCUCCUUUACCAAUGACUAUAACAAUUACGUUUAAAUCUAAAUAUAUAAUUCUAUAGAAAUAUUUGCAAAGUCAUCAAGAACUUUUUGUAUCUUUGUAAUUGCACCACUUAAUGGAGAUAAGUUAUCAGUGCAGCAAAACAUGAUUGACGCAAGGUAUGCUCUAAUAGGCGGAAAUUGAGUUGUGUGCACAUAUUGAAUUAGACUUCCUGGGAUACCAACGUCUUUGUUCAACGCUCACUAUUAAGGUUACUGCACGGCAAACUGGUGGGAUAAUUAAAAUACUACACCUUUAAAUAAUAUAAGCUGCAAUGCUUCAUAUACAUUUAAGAAUUACGUCAUGAUAAACUACCUCAUUCAGAAAACUCAAACGUUUUAGCUAUAAUGACUGUAGAUUGUAGCGCAAAUGUGUAAUAUUUAUUUCAGCGUUUGUAUAUCUCAGCGUCUCAUCCCAUUAUAGUCGACGGUUAUAAAUAUAGCCUUAGCCUUUCCACUUUUGGAAAAUUCAAUCUAAAAUCAAUGUCACGAGAGUUGACAGGGAUUACAUUAACAUGAACUUGCCAGCCGUUAUAUGGUCUUAAAUCAUUUUGUACAUAGUCCUAGAAGCAUUAAACUGUGUCUGUGUUUGAUAAUGUUUAUAAUCUUUAUAUCGGCGUGGGCGAUUCGUAUUGAUUCAAAGGUGACAGCACAACCAUUGGCUAAUCGUAGUUCAGAGGCACUGCGGAAGCCAACCUACACAAAGACCAGUUUAAGAUUACCUGGAAUUAUGACUCUGAGAUGCAAAUUUCAAUCUCGCUCCGUAUGUAUGUGCGUAUAGCAUGCAUCCGUGGCAUUAAUGUGUUUGUUUUUCCAAUCCGGUGAUGUUCAUGCAUACGCCGACUAUAGAGUAUAGACAAUAUUGUACAGUACGUGUCGUUUACCGAGUAAGGUAGGUUGAACUUUGAACAUUCCGUUAUCACGCGAUGUGUAGGUUAUAUGCGAACGUGUAGAAUUCAUCAAUAGGACCUUCCAAUGGCAAUGGAAGCCUAUAGCCAUAGCCAUUUUGUUAUGGCGGGCUGUGGCUUGUAAUAACCGUAGAUAUUCAAGAUUAAUUGGUGGCCCGCCGAGGUUAAGCGAAGUCACUCAUAAGAUAUGUCAUAACGAAAGACAGUUGACAGGAAUGUCAAAUAUUUCAUGCAUAUUUCUGACCGCAGCAGCAAACCAAGACUGACACCAGCUCAUGGGUUAUAAGAUGAAAAAGAAAUUUCGAAUAUUGAAAAGGAAAAGCCGCAGCUUGCAAGAUGUUUUGCCCCUUCGUCAACAUAUCAUAAGCAUUAAUGCUGAGGAAUCAUCCCUACCAAGAUCUGCAAGUGCUGUGGAAGGAAACAGUAAGUUUCGUCUUCGUGACAUCAGCCCAUCGAGAUUGAGAGAAAGGCGUAAAAAACAUGAUAGGAAAAAAUCUGAUAAAGAUUCAAAACUAUCACCAUCACAAUCAGGAAGAAAAAACAUUCGUUCAUCGUCAUCAUGGCUACCAGCCUCAUUUCAACAGAUGUUCCCCUCAUACAAAUCUAAAACAGGAGAUUUCAGAAGACUAUUUAAAGACAUUCCAGAAAGUGAAAGAUUAAUUACAGAUUAUUCUUGUGCAUUACAAAGAGAUAUUCUAGUUCAUGGUAGAUUAUAUGUAUCACAGAGCUGGCUCUGCUUUUAUGCUAACAUAUUUGGUUGGGAAACUUUGGUAACAAUCAACUUGAAACAUGUUACAUCACUGACCAAAGAAAAAACCGCUUUAGUAAUUCCAAAUGCUAUUCAAGUUUGGAGUGAGUCAGAAAAGUAUUUUUUCACAUCAUUCGUAUCAAGAGAUUCAACUUAUCGUAGUUUAACACGAAUAUGGAGGAACAUUCUUUCGGAUGAACCUGAGGAUAUUCCAACUUUAAUGAAAGCUGUAGGAAAAUAUAUAGACAUUGAUUCCGAGGAUGUUGAUAACAGCAGCCGAGGUAGUAACGAUGACUUGCCGUCAGAGUGCGAUGAUGACAUCAUUGUUGUUGACGAUGAUGACGAUUCAGUUGUUGAUUCGGAGGAACACAACUCUGGAGAAAGGAAUAGUCUCACUAGCAAGACAGAAGGUGAUGACAAGUCACUAGAAGACAGAGAAUCAUUAGCACCUACCGUCCCUGAUAUCGCCGUAUCUCCAGCUUCACCAACCGAAAAAGUAACUCGUGAUCGAACUUCAAAGAUCUCCAAUGGAACUGUUCCGCGGCGGAAAUCCCCCGAAACGAGGAGAAGGUUUCCAUUUCCCUUCAAGAGAGAGUUUAGUCCAUUAAUGAGAAGGAAAAAUCAGAGGCCAAACAAGAAACAUGGCAGCAUCGAGGACGAAAAUGGUAGUCUACAUCGGGAUAGUUUGAUUGAGGAUGGAAGUGUCAGUGAAUCAAAUGAAGACGAAGAAGUACCCGUCUUAUGUCCUUGCGAAAGUCAUCUCAAUCUUGAAUGUCUAAAUGAGGAAUAUGCUAUCUCUGUGGAUAGGCUGUACGAGUAUCUAUUUACCGACUGCGAUUUCUAUCGGAGCAUUCGCUCAGAAAGGAAACAUUUCGAUCUUGAUAUCGAGCCCUGGGUAGAAGAGGACGAUAAGAAGAAACGCGCUGUUAGAUACACAAUAAAUCUUGGAUUGACCAUAGGUCCAAAAACUUCUAGAAUUCAAGAAAAUCAGCAACUAGAAUCGAGUGAACCUGGGCAAUUCUAUGUGGUAGAAACAAGUGUAGCAAAUGAAGGUGUUCCUUACGCAGAUAGCUUCGUCGUCAUUCACAGAUAUUGUCUCUCAAGAGUAAACCCGUAUAUGUCCCGACUGAGGGUAACGGCUUUGGUGAAGUACGUUCGGCCUGUCUGGGGAUUCGUAAAAAAUAUGAUAACAAAAAAUUCUACGGAAGCAUUGGCAACGUUUUUUGAUUUCUUAAAGGAUUUUAUAAGGACGGUAGAAGACGAAUCCGUUCUAAACUUGAAAAGAAAAUUCACGUCAUCAAAAAAACGUUCACGACUGAAAACGCACGAGGACGAGAUACAAGGAGAUGAAAUGGAGGAGACAGGUGAAUCUGUUGCUAUUUCCUCUGAGAACAUUAGUGGGCGAUUUUCGUCGUUUGUAAACUACAUUAGGAGAGACAACAAUAUGUUCUUUAGUGCCUUUAUAGUUUUGCUAGUGGUUUUAAUCCUUUUAAACGGUUAUCUCAGCUACAGAGUUAUAUCACUCGAAUAUUCAACAAAAUCAUGGGAGAUUUUAUCACCGUCAAUAAAUGAUCUGCCAACCAAUAUGGAUGAGUUGCGUAGUCUACUAUACAAACAACAAUAUAUUCAAAACAUUCAGUUUAAAAGGUGGCAACAUGUUCUUUCGACAUCUAUGCAAUUCUUACAACAGGUGCAAGACUCAUUAAGUGAAUUACAAAAAGAAGUGGAGAAACCAUUAAAUACGUAGCGAUACCCAGACAUGUGGAUGAAAUUAGCUCCUUGGCGUACAAUGCUGACAAGAUUUAGGGGGCGUCCACGAUAUCGUUCAUUUUCGCCAAAACACGUGGACUCUUUCUGCCCUGCAGCACUUAAAAUCCUGUCACGCAGACAAACUAGUUGCAGUCUGAUGAUGUUGGCAUUCCUUGGAUAGAUUCGGGAUUCUAAAGAUCAAUCUUGCUGGUUCGAGAUUCUUCAAUCAUCAGCCCUGUGCCAUUUGUCUGUGUGCAAUAUAUACAAUACGUAGAAAUAUUCCAUCCUUAAUUUAUGCAAUAUUAACUUUAAUGAUUUAAAAAUUCUAGUUAAAUUAUUAUAUUACGAAGUGGGAAUAAUAAAUUGUUUAU